AUGCUGGCUAGUUAUGAAGUGGAACGGGAGAUCUUCACUUACAAUAAACAAGAGUUUAUCACCACUGCGAGCGGUAAUAAAGUAUCAAGACGGAGUGUUCUCUGUGGAUCUCAGAAUAUUGUCAUCAAUGGGAAGACUAUCAUCAAGGCUGGUUGCAUGAUACGUGGGGAUUUAGCAAAUAUCAAGCUUGGUAAAUACUGUACUCUAGAGGAAGGAGUAGUCAUUAGACCGCCCUUCAAAAAGUUUAUUAAAGGGUGUGCAUUCUUCCCGAUACAACUAGGAGACUGCUGUCUUGUGGGGGAAGGGACCGUGGUACAUGCUGCUACCGUUGGAAACUUCAUCAGAUUCGGCAAAAACUGCUACAUCGGAAGGCGAUGUAUAGUUAAAGACUGUGUGGUAGUUGAUGAAGGAGCAAUAGUGAAGGACGAUACAGUCAUGCCACCAUUCACCAGGUGGGCUGGGUCUCCCGCUAAAAUAAUUGAGGAGCUUCCUGAAUCCAUGGCAUACGUGCUUGGAGAAGACUCGCAGGAGUACUAUGAAAAGUUCGUGCCAGGAGCGGACGUAGGACCUGGAUGGGGCUCCGCUGUGAGGAGGAUAUCCGCUGUUAGGCUUUUAUCUGGCGUUAAAAAACCAGAACCUGUCAGUCAACUUCCAGGAGAGAAGGCGGUGCAAGAGGAUGGUUAG